GCCGGCCGCCUCCCGCCCGGACUCGGUUUUCAAACCUCGGGGAGCCCUCCCUGCCAUUGGCAUGCAAAUACCGGCCGGAGCGCGGGCCAAUCGCCGAGGCUGCCUGUGGGAUUACCUGGUGGCGAGCGCCGAGCGCGCGGCCCCGCCGGUGCGCCCCCGCGGCGGGGAGGCGUGGCCGUCGGCGCCCCGCACCCCCCGGGUCUCCGGAGCCCGGAUUCAGGCCGCCGAGCUGCGCGCCCCGCGCCCGCCGUAGCCGCAGCCGCUGGAGCCCGGCGCGGAGGCUCUGGGCGCGGCCGAGCCCCCCAUUGUUGAGCGCCGCCGAGCCCCGCCGGCCAUGCCCCGCGCCGCCUCCACCGCGCGCCGGCGAGGUUUGAACUUGGCGUCGGCCUGGAGUCCCGCGAGCGGCGGUGAGAUGCGUGUGCAGCACCGGGUCCUGCAGAUACUGGCACCUCUGACUCCUUCAGCCCAGAGCACCUCACCUCUGACCCCCAGCACAGGAAAGCGGCAUGGUCAGGAGGAGCUAAGCUUCGGCUGAAGCACAGGUAGGAGGCGCAGAGGCGCAGCGAACCUGCAGGCCGACCACACUCUUGGCAUUCAACAAAAAUUGAGGAGAACCAACCCAAUGCCAGCAUGAUGCAAAUAUCUCAGGGCACGAUUGGCACUCCUUGGCCCCAAAGCUACCAUUCCAGCUCCUCGACCAGUGACCUCUCCAACUAUGACCAUGCUUAUCUGAGGCGGAGCCCUGACCAGUGCAGCUCCCAGGGGAGCAUGGAGAGCCUGGAGCCCAGUGGGGGAUACCCCGCCUGCCACCUUCUUUCCCCUGCCAAGUCCACCAGCAGCAUCGACCAGCUCGGCCACCUCCAUAACAAGAGAGACUCGGCUUACAGCUCCUUCUCCACCAGCUCCAGCAUCCUAGAGUACCCGCCCCCUGGCGUCCCGGGCCGGGAGCGGUCAGGCUCCAUGGACACUUCUGCUCAAGGUGGCCUCCUGGACGGGAUGAGGCAGGCAGACAUUCGCUAUGUCAAGACAGUCUAUGACCCCCAGAGGGGCGUCUCUGCCGAGUACGAGGUGAACUCGUCAGCCCUGCUUCUUCCCGGGAGGGAGGCCCAAGCCUCAACAGACAGUCAGGGCUAUGACAAAGGGCAUCACGUUCCUCGGAGCCGGAGAGGGCCGCCCCCCUCCUGGAGCCAGCAGGGUCCCAGUUCCUUGGAGACCGCCAUUGACAACCUGCCUCCGAAAGUGGGCGCACCGCUGCCCCCCGCUCGGAGUGACAGUUACGCAGCCUUUCGGCACAGAGAGCGGCCCAGCUCUUGGUCUAGCCUUGACCAGAAACGGUUCUGCCGGCCUCAGGCAAACUCUGCGGGCGCCCUGAAAGCUCCCUUCGUGGAGGAACAGCUGCAUACUGUGCUGGAGAAGAGUCCAGAGAGCAGCCCCCCGGUGAAGUCCAAGCAUCAGUAUCCCCAGAAGGCCCAGCCUGGCCAGCCUCUGCUGCCGACUGGCAUCUACCCGGUACCAUCCCUGGAGCCGCACUUUGCCCAGGUGCCUCAGCCCUCCGCGAGUAGCAACGGCACGCUCUACCCUGCCCUGGCCAAGGAGAGUGGCUAUACGACUCCUCCGGGAGCCGGUGACAAGACAGCUACCCUUGAUGAGAAUGGAAACCAGAAUGGAUCUAGCAGAGCUGCGUUUGCCUUCUGUCAACCCCGAGAGCAUGAAUCUCUGUCCCUAGUAGAGAGAACACCUGAAACUCCGGUCAGAUGUGCCCCCCUCAAAGUGCAUUUCCCUUCGGUGCCUGAAAAUGUGAAGGACACCUCCCCGAAGAAGCGCCUCGCACCUCUCCAGGGCAGCAGCCCACAUCCCAGCGGGAGAAGGAGCCCCCACAGCAGCAAACCGGCUCCCACCUGCCACCGCAUCCAGCCCCCUCAGGCUCAGGCCUGGCAGGUGGGCGACGGCAAGAGACCCUCCAGGCCCACCGAGCUUUGGGAGGGUGGUUCCCAAGAAGACCACAAUGCCAACCUCCAGCAGGGGCUGGAGCGAGAAGGCCCAAGCCAGAGCCCGUCUAGCAACUUUGGCAAGACCAAGUCGGCCUUCUCCUCUCUUCAGAACAUUCCCGAGAGUCUAAGAAGGCAGAGCAGCCAGGAGGUAGGAGGCAGCCCCAAGGCAGAGGGCCCUGGACGGAAAGUGGUUCCCGAUCACAGGAGCCAUCUGGACAGGCCGGUUCCCUGCCCAGGGCCUGAGGGCAAAGCCAGUGCAGUGACCUCUUUCCCCCUUUCGGACGCAAGGCUGGAGGAGCCGCCCUCCCCGCCACACCCGCAGACGUCCAGCCUGGGCCGGAGGCGGCUCAGCUCCAGCAGCACCUCGGCCCUGCCCGGCUUCCAGUACGGGCAGCCCCACUGCUCGGUGCUGGAGAAGGUCUCCAAGAUCGAGCAGCGCGAGCAAGGGCGCCAGCGGCCCCCGAGUGUGGGCAGCUCCGUGAAUGGCUGCACCUACCGGCCCAGCAGGAUGGCCCCGACUUCCAGGAACGACUUCCAGGAGACAAACGCCAAUAUCCGCCUUUCCGAGCCCACGGAACCCCUAGGCAACGGGGAGCACCCCUUCAAAAACGGGGACCCGAAGCUGGAAGAAGUUUCCUGGCAGCCAUGUGGUCAGCAGGUGAAGAGGGGUGCCGACGGCAGCCGGGGCGCCCCGCUCCGAGGCAGCGAGCCCCCGAGGCGGGACACCCAGCUGCUCCGCAGCCAGAGCACCUUCCAGCUCUUCAGCGAGGCCGAGGAGGAGGCCCGGUGGCGGGACCCCAGGCCGGGCACCCCCGAGUCGCCGGUGCUGGACGCCCCCUUCAGCCGCGCCUACAGGAACAGCAUCAAGGACGCACAGACGCGCGUGCUGGGGGCCACCUCCUUCCGCCGCCGGGACCUGGAGCCCGGGACGGCGGGGGCUUCCCGGCCCUGGCGCCCGCGACCAGCCUCGGCCCACGUGGGGCUGCGGAGUCCAGAGGCCCCGGUAUCCGCCUCCCCACACACCCCACGGGAGCGGCACAGCGUGACCCCCGCCACGGGCGACCGGCCGGCGCCCCCUGUGGCCCGGAGAGGGCCCCGCCGGCGCCUGGACCCCGAGCAGAAGAAGCGCUCCUACUCGGAGCCCGAGAAGAUGAACGAGGUGGGGGUCUCGGAGGAGGCCGAGCCCGCACCCCUGGGCCCGCAGAGGGCGGCGCUGCGUUUCCCGGAGAGCACGGUGGCCGACCGGCGCCGCAUCUUCGAGCGGGACGGCAAGGCCUGCUCCACGCUCAGCCUGUCGGGGCCGGAGCUGAAGCAGUUCCAGCAGAGCGCCCUGGCCGACUACGUGCAGCGCAAGACGGGCAAGCGGCCGGGCCCCGCCGCGGGCGGCGGCCUCCCGGAGCCGGGGCUGCAGGAGCGCGCGCCCGGCACCUACCUGCAGCCCGGCCUCACCGCGGCUGCCAGCCUCUGUUCCCUGCGGGAGCCCAGCCUGCAGCCCCGCAGGGAGGCCGCGCUCCUGCUGGAGCCCCCGCGUGGGGCCCGAGAUCGCAGCAGCUCCUUCGCGGGCGGCCGCCUCCUGGGAGAAAGGCGACGCGGGGACCCAGCCCAGAGGGAGCUGCUGGGUGGAGCUAACGGCGGCGGCGGGCCAAACGGCAACCAGAAGAUGGACAGGACCCCUGGGGAGCCCUCCUCCUGGGGGGCCGCGGCCGGGAGGGCCGGGAAGUCCAUGUCCGCCGAGGACCUGCUGGAGCGCUCGGAUUUCCUGGCGGUCCCUGUCCACGUGAGGUCACGGUCAUCUCCCACCACCCACCAGAAGCUCCAGGAUGUGCUUUUGGGGGGAAACAAUGGCUCUGGUCUUGUGAAGGAUCCAUGUUACUUGGCUGGCCCUGGACCCAGGUCACUCGGUUGUCCAGAAAGAGGCGAAGAAGAGAUGCUAGUGCUCAAACACCAGCCCAGCCCUCGAUGGGGUGGUUCAGACUGCAAAGCCGUUGGCGCCUCCAUUCCCAGCGACUGUCCAAGACAGCUGGACCAUCAGAGGCAGGCCAGCAGGAUGCCCUGCCCCAGGCCACUACCCACAGGGCUGCAAGGGCAUCUCACAGACACCAGGGCAGGACCACUGACCCCACUCAGCUCCGCUCUGCCUUCCCCUGCCCCCUCCAGCUACUGUCCACCAGCUGCCGGUGAUCAGCCGACUGGGAGGGACGGUCAGACGGGCCAGCAGCCUCUUCCGCCCUACACCCCAGCAGUGACUCACAGAAGCAACGGCCACAGCCUGGCCCAGCCUCCCCGUCCUAGAGGCCAUGAGCCCCACAGCCCGGAGCGCGGGGCAGAAGAGGGGAAGAGGAAGCAGCCUCCCCCACCUCGUGUGAAGUGGGCCCACACUGUCCGAGAGAACAGCCUCCCCGAGGAACCUUGCUCGCCCGAGUCAGCAAGCCUGAAGCACUACAAAAAGCAGCAGAACCUCCCAAGUUCAAGCAGCACUUCUGACCCAGACACGCCUCUUGGGGUCCCGAGCACUCCGGGGAGGAUCUCCCUCCGAAUAUCGGAGUCCGUCCUGCAGGCCUCCCCACUGCCUCGGGAGGACUACGAGGAUGAAGUGUUUGUGAAGGACUUGCACCCCAAUGCCACUUCCCACCCCACAUUCGAAGCUCUCCCCCUACCCCCACCCCCACCCCCACCCCCAAGCCAGGAAAUCCUGGUGAAUAGCUGGGAAGACUUUCCUCCCCCUCCUCCCCAAGCUCUGUGUGAGGCACAGCUGGACAGUGAGGAUGGCAUGGAGCCCCCUGUGAGUAGCUCCAGCAAACCUGCCAACAGGACAGUUGCCAAGGAAGGGCCCGUGCCUGGGGCAGCCCAGCCGGUUGGCCAUCAGAUACCAGCUUCCAGACCCCAAACUUCCAUCAGAGGUUCCGAGGACCACGGGACCAGCCCGCCACCCACCGCAGGCGCCCGGCCCCAGCAUGCUGGGCCCCUCAGCUGGCAGCCAGGCCCAGGAAAGCAGCCUCCCACUCUGACCCAAGGCCUCGUCCACGACCCACUCAGUGGGACUCGUGGUUUAGAAGACAAUGCCAGUCCCGGUCCUCAGAAGACGUCAGAAGACAUCAGAACGGAGGUGCUGGCCAAGGAAAUUGUCCACCAAGACAAAUCUCUGGCAGACAUUUUGGACCCCGACUCCAGGCUGAAGACCACUAUGGACCUGAUGGAGGGUUUGUUUCCUCCCGAUGGUAACUUGCUGCAGGAAAACGGCGUCAAGAGGAAGGCCAUGCAGAGAGCUGUCAGCUUCCCAGGACACGAAGGGAAGAGGAGUGAAGAGAAGGAAGCAGUGGGCAUGUUGGUCAACUGCCCUGCCUACUACAGCGUGUCGGCUCCCAAGGCUGAGCUUCUGAACAAAAUCAAACAUAUGCCAGAAGAGAUGAGUGAGGAAGAGGAGCAGGUGGAUGUCAAUGAAAAGAAGGCCGAGCUGAUUGGAAGCCUCACCCACAAGCUUGAGACUCUGCAGGAAGCCAAGGGGAGCCUGCUAAUGGACAUCAAGCUCAAUAACGCCUUGGGAGAAGAGGUGGAGGCUUUGAUCAGUGAGCUCUGCAAGCCCAACGAGUUUGACAAGUACAAGAUGUUCAUCGGGGACCUGGACAAGGUGGUCAGCCUGCUGCUCUCCCUCUCGGGGCGCCUGGCCCGCGUGGAGAACGCCCUCAGCGGCCUUGGUGAAGAUGCCAGUAAAGAGGAAAGGAGCUCUCUCAACGAGAAGAGGAAGGUCCUGGCGGGGCAGCACGAGGAUGCCCGGGAGCUCAAGGAGAACCUGGACCGGAGGGAGCGCGUGGUGCUGGACAUCCUGGGCAAUUACCUUUCGGAGGAACAACUCCAGGAUUACCAGCAUUUUGUGAAAAUGAAGUCAACACUCCUCAUUGAGCAGCGAAAGCUGGACGACAAGAUCAGACUGGGCCAGGAGCAGGUCAAGUGCCUGCUGGAGAGUCUCCCCGCGGAUUUCGUCCCCAAGGCGGGCACCCCGGCGCUGCCCCUGGACCGCACGAAUGAAAUGACUCCCGUGGGGGGGUGUAUUCCCAGUGGUGUUUCCCCAACGGUAACCUCUCCACUCUAACCUCUGCUAAAACGCCCGACCGAAAGAUCACCCUUUCUUUCAACACUAUUUAAUCUGAAAAAUGUUGCAGUAAAGACCACUGUUUAAACUCUAUGGGUUUGGGGGGUUUUCUGGAUAAAAGGAAAAGAUUCUAUCCAGGAAAAAGCCUGUAUUUUCCUUCUCACCCUUCAUGAUUGAUCUGAGAGCUUGAAUGCUGCUGGGAACUUAGCCCUUUCUAUUGUUACUUUGCAAUAGAAAGAAAAUUAAUGAAACUGUGAGAACUGAUUGGAGGGUGUUUGAUUAUUUAGUUUCCGACAGGCUUAGGCAGCAGGGAUCAGUGUGUGUCGCCCUCAGGAAUGUACCCACCGUGACCUGCCUUUGUGUGGGCCAUGCAUCCUGACGACAGGUACAAGGACUCAUUAGUGAAGGGUCUGCAGCAUAAAGCCUUAAAGAAAAACACACACAGCAGAAAAUUGUAAAGCCUUGAACAUUGUUAUUUAUAUUUUUAAAAAUGAAAAGGAUCAUUAUGUCUGUUUGCUAACCACUUAUUUGAUUCUGUUUUGUGGUGGACGUAGACAAUUAUGUUGUUGGAGCUUUGUAUUUUGUGAAAACCUUAAUGAAAUGAAGAAUUCCAAAGACAGUCCCAUGGAGUGUGGAGACUUGUUUUUUCUUAAACUCU